AUGGGAGCCCUCUCAGAACCUCCUGGGUCACAAUGGGCUCCUCUGGGGAGGGUGGGGGGAGUGAGAGUGGGGGAUCAACUCUGGCUGCCAGGCCAUCCUGAGCGCUGCAGGAAGCAACAUGACUUAGGUGGCUCCCCUGAGGUCUCAGGCAUCUCCAGGGCUGCUCCUGCAGCUGGCCUGGCCUUCUCCCUAGGUGCACCCGCCGUGAUGCAGCAGCUGCGAGUGGAGACAGAUGCCAUUGGGGCCGGCGAGGGUCCACAGCGUGCAGCGCCCUGGUCGGCCUGGGUCACGUGGGAGGGCUGCAUGCGCUGGUGCAUGUGCCACGUGCCCCUGAGCUGGACCCAGUGGUGGACCACGUCAGGCUGGCGGCAGCCGCUGCAGCGUGUGCUGUGGGGUCUGGAGGGGAUCCUCUACCUGCUGCUGGCACUGGUGCUGUGCCACGCGCUCUUCACCACCGGCUCCCACCUGCUGAGCGCCCUGUGGCCUGUGGCAGCUGCGGUGUGGCGCCAUCUGCUGCCAGCUGUCCUGCUGCUGGUGCUCAGCGCCCUCCCCGCACUGCUUUUCACGGCCUCCUUCCUGCUGCUGUUCUCCACGCUGCUGAGCCUCGUGGGCCUCCUCACCUCCAUGUCUUACCCAGGCCAUGCUCAGGACUUGGACUAA